AUGUCGGUGUAUCAACUGCAAGUGCAUCCGCCGCUUGCGGAUGUGCAGGCAGCCCUGGAUCCAGCAGAUGGCUCGCGAAAGGGUACUAUCAUGCCUGUGUACUGCAAGGUGCCGUCGGACCUGCUAACGCCUGUCAUGGCCUACCUGCGGUUGUCUAAGGGAGCUGAGCUGGGCCGUGAGAGUUUCCUUCUGGAGAGUGUCAAGACAGGUGAACGUAUUGACCGGUACAGUUUCUUGGGCGCAUUGCCGAAGGAUGUUAUGCGUACGGGCCCCAAUCUGCCCUUGCAAGGGGAUCCGUUGAAACACCUAGAAGAACGUAUGCGUGGUUACGAUUAUGUCGCGUUGCCUGAGCUCAACAUGUUCACAGGCGGUGCAGUGGGCUACAUUAGCUUUGACUGUAUCCAGUACUUUGAGCCGAAGACCAAGCGCGAGCUGCGUGAUCCGUUUAACGGCAUGCCAGAAUGUGUCAUGAUGUUGUGCGAUACUGCCGUGAUCUUUGACCAUGUCUUUCAGAAUGUGUACUGCGUUGCGCAUGUGCACGUCACAGAAACGUCACAUAAUGUGCCAAGCUUGUACGAGGAGGCUGUACGGAAGGUCCAUGAGCUGUACCACGCCAUCCAUGAGGACGCAACGCCCUUGCCGAAGCAGGAUAUUAUUACGCCUGGCGAAGAGGCCGUGAGCAAUGUCGGCAAGGAAGGGUAUGAGCGCUUUGUGACCGAGCUGCGGAAGAACAUUCACCGCGGUGAGAUUUUCCAGGCGGUACCGUCGCAGCGUCUCUCACGACGUACGAAGCUGCAUCCAUUCAACUGCUACCGUCAUUUGCGCCGCAUCAACCCGAGCCCCUACAUGUUCUAUUUGGACUGUGGUGAUGCGCAGAUUGUAGGUGCAAGCCCUGAGACACUAUGCAAGAUCUCCAAGGGCAAGGUAGCGGUGCACGCGAUUGCAGGCACGGUGCGGCGAGGCAAGACGCCCGAAGAAGAUGAAGCGCUGGGCCAGGAGCUAUUAAACUCGGACAAGGACCGUGCUGAACAUAUUAUGCUAGUCGACUUGGCACGCAACGAUAUCAGCCGCGUUUGCGAUCCGACUACGACGCAGGUGGAGACGCUCAUGUCGAUUGAGAAGUUCAGCCAUGUGAUUCACUUAACGUCACGCAUAACAGGUCAGCUUCGUCCGAACCGUUCGAAAUUGGAUGCACUCCGCUCGAUUUUCCCUGCAGGCACAGUGAGUGGUGCGCCGAAAAUUCGCGCGAUUGAGCUGGUGACGCAGCUCGAGCAGGAGCGACGUGGUGUUUACGCGGGCGCCGUGGGCCGAAUUGAUUUUGCCCAGGACGAGUUGGAUGUCGCAAUUGCUAUCCGCACAAUGACGUUCAAGGACGGCAUGGUCUACCUGCAAGCGGGCGGUGGUAUCGUGUACGAUAGUGUGAAAGAAGACGAGUACAUUGAGACGGUGAAUAAGUUGGGCAGCAAUGUGCGAUGCCUAGCGGAGGCAGAAGCCGCGUAUGCGCAACAGUCGUAA